UUGCAGUAGGACAGUGUCACUAUGGGAAGGUCUCUGUUGCCACGGUGAAACUUACCUCCAGAGAAGAAAGGUGCGAGUCUGAGACCAUGUUGGCACGUCUCUUCAGGCUCCACGGCCUGCUGGUGGCCUCUCACCCAUGGGAGGUGAUAAUCGGUACCCUCACUGUCACCGUCUGCCUCAUGUCUAUGAACAGCCUGGCAGCCAGCAGCCAGAUGUGCAGCUGGAACGACUGCCCCAAAGUGGAAGAGAAAAGCCACAGCAGUGACAUCAUCAUCUUAACCAUCACGCGCUGCAUCGCCAUCGUUUACAUCUAUUUCCAGUUUAAGAGCCUCCGACAGCUGGGAUCCAAAUAUAUUCUAGGUAUUGCAGGUUUAUUCACAGUGUUUUCCAGCUUUGUUUUCAGCACAGUCGUCAUUCACUUCUUCGGGAAAGAGCUGACAGGCCUCAAUGAAGCGCUGCCGUUCUUCCUCCUGCUCAUCGACCUCUCCAAAGCCUGCGCGCUGGCCAAAUUUGCCCUCAGCUCCAACUCUCAGGAGGAGGUGAGGGAGAAUAUCUCGCAGGGCAUGGCCAUCCUGGGUCCAACCUUCACCCUGGAUGCUCUGGUUGAGUGUCUCGUCAUUGGGAUCGGCACCAUGUCAGGUGUUCCUCAGUUAGAGAUCAUGUGUUGUUUCGGCUGCAUGUCGGUCCUGGCCAAUUACUUUGUCUUCAUGACCUUCUUCCCUGCGUGUGUCUCUCUGGUUCUGGAGCUCUCCAGAGAAAGUCGUGAAGGCCGUCCGAUCUGGCAGCUGAGCCACUUUGCCCGCGUGCUGGCUGAAGAAGAGGACAACAAACCCAAUCCUGUGACCCAGAGGGUUAAAAUCAUCAUGUCUCUGGGCCUGGCCUUGGUUCACGCUCACACUCGACUAGCGGCCGAGCGCUCGGGUCAGAACCGCACAGAGGAGGGACGCAUGGAGAAGAGGCUGGACUCUGGUGGCACCGUGUGGCCCAUGCAGCUCUCCAGCAUGGACCUGGAGCAGGUGAUAACUCUCGCUCUCGCCCUGCUCCUGGCUGUGAAGUACGUCUUCUUCGAGCAGCCGGAGACAGAGUCCUCCCUGUCCCUCAUGAGCCCCAUUAUCAGCUCCCCUCCUCCCCAGAAGCCUAAAGCAGCUGAGGACUGCUGCAGGCGAGAAUUCCCCGCCCCGAAACCCCAGAAGACCACAAACAACACUGCAGCAACCAAUCCUCCCUCCUCCAAAGCCGUAUCAGACUCUAAACUUUCCACUGAGGCUGACACGGCAUUCACAGAGAAGGCAGCCUCAGCAGAAAACAGCCCCUGUGUUUCAUUAUUCGGGGAGUCUCCGGCUCCUUGUUUUCCUGUAAGUAGCUCUAAUCCUGAGCCCCGGUCGCAGGAGGAAUGUAUGACCAUCCUCUCAGAUCCUCAGAGAGGCGCCCGUUUCCUUAGCAAUGCUGAGGUGAUGAACCUCGUCGCCUCGCGUAACAUCCUGAACUAUAAGCUGGAGGCUGUCCUGGAGACUCCAGAGAGGGGCGUGGCCAUCAGGAGAGAAAUGUUAUCAUCGAAGCUGCCUGCCGCCUCUGCUUUGACUUAUCUGCCGUAUAAAGACUACGACUAUUCCAAGGUGAUGGGUACCUGCUGCGAGAAUGUCAUCGGCUACAUGCCGGUGCCCGUAGGAGUGGCCGGUCCUCUUCUGUUGGACGAGAAGCAGUUUCACAUUCCCAUGGCGACGACAGAGGGCUGCCUGGUGGCCAGCACCAACAGAGGAUGCAGGGCGCUCUCUCUGAGUGGUGGAUGCACCAGCAGCAUCCUGGCUGACAGUAUGACCAGGGGUCCUGUGGUGAGGCUGCCCUCAGCGUGCCGGGCAGCAGAGGUCAAAGUGUGGCUCGAGACCCCUGACGGUUUCAGCACCAUCAAAGAAGCCUUCGAACAGACCAGCAGGUUUGCUCGUCUGGAGAAGCUGUUCGUCGGAUUAGCCGGAAGGAAUUUGUACAUUCGCUUCCAGUCUCAGACCGGGGACGCCAUGGGCAUGAACAUGUUAUCCAAGGGGAGUGAGCAGGCUCUGCACAGGAUCAAGCAGCUGUAUCCAGAUAUGGAGGUGCUGGCUGUCAGUGGAAACUACUGCACCGACAAGAAGUCUGCGGCCAUAAACUGGAUUUUAGGCCGAGGAAAGUCCGCCGUGUGUGAGGCCACAAUCCCCGCCCAGGUGGUCAGAGAGGUGCUGAAGAGCAGUACGGCUGCUCUGGUGGAGCUCAACAUUAACAAGAACUUGGUGGGCUCGGCCAUGGCGGGAAGUAUCGGGGGAUUUAACGCUCACGCUGCCAACAUUGUAGCAGCCAUCUACAUCGCCUGCGGACAGGACCCGGCUCAGACUGUAGGAAGCUCCAACUGCAUCACUCAGAUGGAGUCUGCCGGUCCAGACGGGGAGGACCUUUACAUCAGCUGCACGAUGCCCUCCAUAGAGCUGGGCACCGUGGGAGGAGGCACCAACCUGCCACCACAGCAGGCCUGUCUGCAGAUGCUUGGUGUCCAAGGUACGAGCCCCCACGCGCCCGGUGAGAAUGCCCGUCAGCUGGCCCGGGUGGUUUGCGGCACCGUGCUGGCAGGAGAGCUCUCCCUGAUGGCCGCCCUCGCUGCCGGACACCUCGUUAAGAGUCACAUGACCCACAACAGAUCUAAAACAAAUUUGCCACAAACUCCUGCGUGACAUAAAACAUCGCUGCUCCUUCGGGGGAGUCAGCCAGAGUGAACGAUGCACUCCAGACGCCUGCAGGACACUUUUCCGAGAGGACCGAAGCGUCUCUUUAUGAAGGAAAGUGCUCCGCGUCGAGGAAAUCCCAAACAUUAAAAAAAGAAAGAAAAGAAAGACUGACGGAGAAAACACUCAGAUCCACGUACUCGAAGGCCUCAAACCACAAACGUGUGCUCGCUCUGUGUGUGUGUGUCCCUGCCCAACUGACUGUAAAGACUUUGAUGAAUUGAGAUGUUUUAAUGUUGCGGUUACUUAUUCGUGCCAUUUGUCUGCAUCUGAACGUUGCACUACUGUGACAAACUUUAACACAUUUUCUUUUGAAAGGAAGAGCCGUCACUGUGAAUCAUGUGAUGGUUUUUUUUUUGUUUUUGGAUUUAUUAAAAUAAUCCACAGUGCACCAAAAAAAAGGGCCGAUCUUUGCCUCGAAAAGCAAAAAGAGAAUUUUUAUUUUAUCUCUCAUGCAAAUGGAAAGACACAAAUUCCAUAUUAAUUUAUUGUGUGGUUUUCCUUCUCAAAAUACAUGAAGUGAGAUCUUUAAUUUUGACGGUUGAAAUAUUUUUUUGUUUGUUUUAUGCACUUGCCAAACUUUCGCUCGAGACAGCGCUGUUACGAGAACAGCUGACAUUUGUUCUGAACGCCAACUUUUUGCCUGAAUGUAUGUCUGUACGUACGAUAUCAGUGUUUUUGUUUAUUUUUAGGAUAUCUCUUGCACAUCCUUUCGUUCUGUCAAAGGUUUCUGUCACAAAGUGGUUUGCACUGACUCUGAAAAAAGAAACUAGAUGAAUUGUUGCAGACAAGUUGAGUCUUUGUGUCGAGGCCUGUUGCAGCCCGUCUUGCCCGUCUUUUUAAUGCGAUAAAGCCAAUAACGUCAUAAAACAGCCAAUAAUGUAAUGUAAGAUCUUUGACUGCAAGUUUCACACUUCCAUUGCACUUCAAAAGUUAUUAUGUAAAAAUUAUUACAUAAAAAAAAAAAGACAAAAUUAUUAUGUUAGCUGUUGUUAUUACGUUAUUGGCUAGGUUAAAUAAAAAAAAACCUUUACAAAUGUAAUAACUUGAGCCGAUAACGUAAUAAUAUUGAUAUCACUUUAUAUAAGUUUUAUUUAUUGGAUAUAAAGUGUCAGACUUCCAAAGUUAUUACGUUAUCGGCUUAAUACGUUAAAAAAACAGGCAAAAUUAUUACGUUAUUGGCUAGAUUAAAAAAGAAAAGGGAAAAAAAUUUACUAAUGUAAUUUCUGGAGCCGAUAACGUAAUAAUAUACUGAUGUCACUUGAUGCAAGUUUUAUUUAUUUAUUACUUCCAUGGAACUUCCAAAGUUUUUACGUUCAAGUUAUAACAUUAAAAAAACAGACAAAAUAAUUAUGUAAUCGAUUGUUAUUACGUUAUUGGCUUAGUUAAAAAGAGAAACCCUUUACAAAUGUAAUAAAUGGAGCCGAUAAUGUAAUAAUAUUCUGAUAUCACUUUAAGUUUUAUUUAUUUAUUACUUCCAUGGAACUUCCAAAGUUAUUACAUUAAAAAAACAGAUAGUUAUUACGUUAUCGGUCGUUAUUACGGCUGCUGCAAGGCUAAUGGAAAAAACUGGAAAAUCAAAGCCAUAUAAUCUAACUUUAAUAAGCUUUUACGGAGACGCUGUUAUAUGUACAGCUGUCAGAUGAGUUUAAAGCAUCUCUGAGAGAUGCUGCAGACGUCUCGAAUCAUCACUUUGAAAAAGUAAUUAAAGCUCAGAACUGGCCUUACGUGUGUGUCAUGAGAAGCUACGCCUUCACAUGUUCAAUAACGAAUACAUUUUUAAGCUAGUUAACAUCAAAAGAUUGUUAUAAAGUUGUAUUUAAAACAA